AUGCGAGACGAAACAGCAUCGCACGGUCGGAACAUUCUGCUGGCAACCAGCAGAAGACGCCUGCGCUGCCGAAAAGGCAACGCUCACGCCAACAACGGCGGGAGACGCUGUCAACGCCAGCGCCUGAGACCGGGCGUCCCGAAACCUCCAAAGAAUUUGCCGCUCGCAUCAAGCGUGUCGUUCUCCACCCACCUCGCGCAGAACGACAGGAGGGCGCGGGCGGACGGCACUCCACCAUCUUCGACACUGCAGGACAGCAGUACUUCGGCUCAGCCCGCCGAGCAUGUAGAACGUUCGGGAGCUCAGCUCCUGGACCACAUCGCCGGUUCUCAAGACGGCAUUCACCUGGAGGGCGCGUUACACAACAGAUACGCUGAAGACGCGUUUUUUGCGCCAAUUAUUCAGAACCCGCAUCAGUACAAGAAUUUUCACGUUUCUAACGGUCUGGUCUUCCUUAGGGAACGGGGACGCGAGCUUCUGUGCAUCCCUCGUGUCAUAGUCAACGGACGUAGCGCUAGGGAAAUUGUAAUCUCUCAUGCUCACUCGCUGUUGGCGCAUCUAGGACCUAGGAAGACGGCCGAUCUCCUCCGCGACCACGUCUGGUGGAAGACU